AUGCUCUCGGUCUUGGAAUAUUUACCAUUCAAACGACUUGCUCGAAGACUACGACUGUCUACAGACAUGACUACGGCUGAGAUGUGGGAUACGCACAUCCAUUGUUUCGAUCCGGAGCGAUACCCUUUCAAACCAACCCGCAAAUACACACCAGGACCAGCCAAGCUUGACGAUCUUCUGAGAAGUUGUCAGAGCAAGAAAGUGGUUUUGGUGCAAGCUUCAAUCGAGGACGGAUAUCAUGGCCUAGUCGCUCACCUCCAACGCAUCCAUGCCGAAUAUCCACAUCUUGUUGCUCGCGGUACGAUCUGCAUGGACGAAGAUUGGGAGACCUUGUCCGACCAGGAGUUUGACUUCUUGCACAGCGUCGGUGUCCGAUCAUGCCGAGUGCAUGGCAUCCUUGGAGCACACCGAUUGAGCGUAGAAGAUCAGAUUCGCCAGUUCGCACGAUCGUAUCCGGCCCGAAAGUUCGGCUGGAGUCUCUCUGCACAAUUACCAUUGACAGUAUGGGCGUCUCUCGAAGAUGUAGCUCUACAUGACCCAGAAAUCUCUUCUCUGGCUAUCAUUGCGGAUCAUAAUGGCUGUGCUACCCCUGCCGAUAUCGGCAGCGCGGAGCUCAAGGCAUUCGUCAAUAUGUUACAAUCAGAGAGGUUCUACGUCAAAAUAUCUGCCCUUUAUCGCCGCUGCCCCGAGUCUAUUGAGUAUAUGCAGCCUAUUAUUCACCAAUUUGCGACACUCGCACCGCAAUCUCUUCUCUGGGGCAGCGACUGGCCCCACGUGGAUACCAGCAACAGAUCUCUCCAACCCCUAGACACCGACAAAACAAAAGCUGAAAGAGUGGAUGACGUGCCAGGGGAGCGCUUGGCGUUGAAAUCUUGGCUCACGGAUAAGCAAUCGAGCGCAAUGCUUAUAGAUAAUCCUAAUCGUUUAUUCGAAUCAUGA